UUUAGGGAUUAAGGGCUUCGAUUCCAAUGGGACUCGUAAGCGUUCAAGAUUUUUUUUUUCAUACUUCGAUCUCCUGUAAAAGAUUUGCUUCCUAAAAUCCAAUCCGGGAAGUAGGAAGCACGGAUCAGAAGGAAAUCCUCUCCGAUUUUUGUAAGCAGCCCCGCCAGGCAUGGUAAUCUCAAGACGUUCGUUUCCAGAGGUCCAGAUGCAAAUCCAUCUCCGACUCCGAGCAGUAGUAAUAUAUUAGCCCGCCGGAAAUCGAACCAGAAAACAAGAUCCCGCCGGCCAGACGCAUACAUCCAGCCGAGGGUAGAUGUCAAGGAGGAGAUGGACGGCUGCAGAUCCCACUCCCACCACCAUCACCAAAAGUGACGAUCGCGAUACCAAGCCGUUACUUGAAGCUGCAACUCCCGUUCCCAUCAACAACACAGGCUAUGGUAAUGUCGACGCGAUGACCGGAGGCAAAUCAGCCGACCAAUCAGCCAUGGAGUCCGAUGAGAUGGCCGACGAGGAGAAGCAGCACAUGAUCGAGCCGACCAAAUCCGACGGCGAAGCUGCGGAUCUCUCUCCCACCAUCACCGAAAGUGACUUCGGCUACGAUGUAGAUGUUGAUGAGUGCCGUGCUACCACGUUCGAUUCAGACAAGCUGUUACUUUUAGCUGCAGAUCCAGUUCUCAACAGCAUAGGUUAUGGCAAUGUCGAUGAGAUGGACAGAGGCAAAUCGGCCGAGCAAUUAGCCAUGGAGGCCGAGGAGAUCGCCCAUGAUGAGAAUUAUUUCGCGCAGUACGCUGAGGCCCGGGACAAGGAAUGGGCUCACCAUGGUUGCUUCGGAGACAUGACGACAUUGAGCUCCACGCAGUUCACACACUUGCUACCUGGUACCAAUUCAUACGGUACUGGAUUCCCGCCCACCCUGCAGAUCCUCUCCAUCAAACUCACGGAAAUAAAAGGUGGAUUGGAAUGGCCAUUGCCGGUGUACGGUGUGGUUGCUGUCCGAGACACCGUGGAUCACAAUCACAACCUUCUGUUUGCUCGUCAUCGGAGCGAGUGCCAGAGAGUCGAGAAGGACCAUCCUUACUUGCGCUUGACUGGCCCGUCUAGUGCAAUUGUGUUUGAAGACAGUGUUAUCUUUGAAAUCCAACUGAAACUAAGAGGCAACACAAUGUCUCAAGAUAGAGCUUUGCUCACUGGUAUGAAAAAUUACCACGCAGGAAAGGGUACAAUUAGCUUUAAGAACUGCUUUUGUACGGCAGAGGUAAGUUUGGAGGUAAUUCAGCAAACAGUCCAGGCCACUAUCUUGGGUGUCCGUCUCAAAGGGGGGCCAUGGCCUUCCAUAUAUGGAGGUAGAGUUGUUUGCUUCGCACCAGAGAUCAUUGAUGGUCAAGUCACUGGCAGACCUGAUGCCCAGCCUGGGGAAGUGGUGCUACUUGAUUCUCGUUGUGGAGCAAUGCCUAUGGCUUCGGCUGGUUACCUUCUCAUCUCAAGGCAGGUUGUUUCUGUAGAAAUUCAAGGCAGCCUCAAAGUUGUCUUGCAGACUUACUCUGCAUCUGGUGAUAUCGAUUCAGAAACUCAGGUAUGCUUCGCACCCGAAUAUUCGAACGCUCGUGUGACGACAUGUAAGCUUAGCGGUGUUGAGGUGGAGAUGACUGUUGCUUGGUCCCGUAUGGUCACGGAAAAGGAUUAUAUCACAUCACGGGGCUGGGUACUCAUCGACAGACACCAAGUGACAUUAUGACUAGGAGGAGUAUAUAUGAAGCGAGAGGCCAACGGCAACCAAAACUUGGCUCUCUCCUUCGUAUUUCUGUAGCAAUUAGCUAUGUAUGUUGUGUAUGGACAACAGGUCGAUGUAAUCCAACUAUUUUGUAUCGACAAUAACU